AUUAUAAAAGAUUCCAGAUUCCUUGGAUCCACACUGGCCUGACACCAUGACUUAGGGGGUGCGUUGCCGCGGUCGCAGGUCGGACAGGCGAGUCGUGCGUGCUCUGGGCCCGAAGCGACGAGCGGGGGACAGUCUCGGCGCGGCCACCCCUUCGCCGCGCGCGGACAAGAGGUCUGUGUCCCUGCCUCUUCCCGGUGUCCCUCCUGCUUCCUGCGCUGCAAGCGGCCCCGGGGCCGAAGAACCCCUUCCAGAAGUUCUCUCGGCCUCCGGCCGCCUCCCCACAAUCUCUCGCCGCAGGUGCUCGCGCACGUGGGGAGCAGCUGGCGCAGGUGGCGACGGGGUGCGGUCGAUGAGGCGCAGCCUGAGGAAGAUGCUGAGCCCUGGGGGUAAGCAGGAGCCCCAGGGCGCAGUCUACCAGGGCGUGGAGAACGGCAUGGACGGCCGCAAGGACUCGCUGAAGGUGGUUUUUGAAGGAAGUACAUGUAGAUUUAACUUGAUGAAGAAACGAAAGAAGUUAAGCAAAUAUGAUGAUGUGAACGCAUCCCCUUUGCACCAUGCUGCAGAAGAAGGUCAAGUGCAGCUGAUGGGGAUGAUCAUCAAUGACUCCUCUUUUGAAGUGCUGAAUGUGACGGAUGAUUAUGGAAAUACCCCUCUGCACUGGGCCACAGAAAAAAACCAAGUUGAAAGUGUUAAGUUUCUUCUUAGCAAAGGAGCCAACCCAAACCUCCGAAACAGCAACAUGUUGGCUCCUCUUCACAUCGCUGUGCAGGGCUUACACAAUGAGGUGAUGAAGGUCUUGACUGAGCACAACAACACUAAUAUUAAUUUGGAAGGAGAAAAUGGAAACACAGCUGUGAUAAUCGCAUGCGCCAAAGAUAAUAGUGAAGCACUGCAAAUCUUGUUAAAUAAAGGAGCUAAGCCAUGUAAGGCAAAUAAAUGGGGAUGUUUCCCUAUUCAUCAGGCUGCAUUCUCAGGUGCCAAAAAAUGCAUGGAAAUAAUAUUAAAGUUUGGUGAGGAACAUGGAUAUAGCAGAGAGUCUCAUAUUAACUUUGUGAAUAAUGCAAAAGCUAGUCCCCUCCACAUGGCGGUUCAAAGUGGUGACUUGGAAAUGAUUAAAAUGUGCUUGGACAAUGGCGCACAGUUGGAUCUGAUGGAAAAUGGGAAGUGCACACCCCUUCACUUUGCUGCCACCCAGGGAGCCACUGAGAUUGUUAAAUUGAUGAUAUCUUCCUAUUCUGGUAGCAGUGAUAUCGUCAAUGCAGUGGAUGGAAAUCAGGAGACACUCCUUCACAGAGCCUCGUUAUUUGAUCACCAUGAACUGGCAGACUACUUAAUUUCAGUGGGAGCAGAUAUCAAUAGCACUGAUUCGGAAGGACGUUCUCCACUUAUAUUAGCAACUGCUUCUGCAUCUUGGAAUACUGUAAAUUUGCUACUGUCUAAAGGUGCCCAUGUAGACAUAAAAGAUCAUCUUGGACGUAAUUUUUUGCAUUUGACUGUACAGCAACCUCAUGGAUUAAAAAAUCUGCGACCUGAGUUUAUGCAGAUGCAACAUAUUAAAAAGCUGGUAAUGGAUGAAGAUGAUGACGGGUGUACUCCUCUACAUUAUGCAUGUAGACACGGGAUUCCUGUCUCUGUAGAUAACCUUCUUGACUUUAAUGUGUCCAUUCAUUCCAAAAGCAAAGAUAAGAAAUCACCCUUACAUUUUGCAGCCAGUUAUGGGCGUAUCAACACCUGUCAGAGGCUUCUGCAAGAUAUGAAUGACACGAGGCUUUUGAAUGAAGGUGACCUCCAUGGAAUGACGCCUUUGCACCUGGCUGCAAAAAAUGGGCAUGAUAAGGUAGUUCAACUUCUUCUGAAAAAAGGUGCAUUAUUUCUCAGUGACCACAGUGGCUGGACUGCUUUGCAUCAUGCUUCCUUGGGCGGGUACACUCAGACCAUGAAGGUCAUUCUUGACACUAACAUGAAGUGCACAGAUCAGCUAGAUGAAGAAGGGAACACUGCACUGCACUUUGCUGCAAGGGAAGGCCAUGCCAAAGCCGUCGCACUUCUUUUGAGUUAUAAUGCUGACAUCGUCCUGAACAAGCAGCAGGCCUCCUUUUUGCAUGUUGCAAUUCACAAUAAGAGGAAGGACGUGGUUCUUACGACCAUCAAGAACAAAAGAUGGGAAGAAUGCCUUAAGGUUUUUAGUCAUUAUUCUCCAAGCAAUAAAUGUCCAGUUAUGGAAAUGGUAGAAUACCUCCCUGAAUGCAUGAAGGUCCUUUUAGAUUGUUGCAUGAUGCCCUCCAAAAGAGACAAGUCCUGCCAAGACUAUUAUAUUGAGUAUAAUUUCAGGUAUCUUCAGUGUCCAUUAGAAUUUACCAAGAAAGUAACACCUGCACAGGAUGUUACAUAUGAGCCUCUUACAACCCUCAACGCAAUGGUACAACAUAACCGCAUAGAGCUUCUCAAUCAUCCUGUAUGUAAAGAAUAUUUACUUAUGAAAUGGUUGGCUUAUGGGUUUAGAGCCCAUAUGAUGAACCUAGGAUCUUACUGUCUUGGUCUCCUGCCUAUGACCUUUCUUGUUGUCAGUAUAAAGCCAGGUAUGGCUUUCAACUCAACUGGAAUCAUCAAUGAAACUAGUGACCAUUCAGAAAUAUUAGACACCAAGAAUUCCUAUUCUAUAAAAGUUUGUAUGAUUUUAGUUUUUUUAUCAAGUAUAUUUGGAUACUGCAAAGAAGUGGUCCAAAUUUUCCAACAGAAAAGGAAUUACAUCUUGGAUAAUGCCAAUGGAGCUGAAUGGAUUAUCUACACAACAAGUAUCAUUUUUGUGUCACCCUUAUUCAUUGGUAUACCAGCUUAUGUGCAGUGGCAAUGUGGAGCGAUUGCUAUAUACUUCUACUGGAUGAACUUCUUACUGUAUCUCCAAAGAUUUGAAAAUUGUGGAAUUUUCAUCGUUAUGUUGGAGGUAAUUAUGAAAACUCUGUUGAGGUCUACAGUCGUGUUUGUCUUUCUACUUUUGGCUUUUGGCCUCAGUUUCUACGUCCUCCUGAGUAUACAGGAUGCUUUCAGCUCUCCAUUGCUUUCUAUAAUCCAGACCUUCAGCAUGAUGCUAGGAGAUAUUAAUUACCGUGAUGCCUUCCUAGAACCAUUUUUGAGAAAUGAAUUGGUAUAUCCAGUUCUGUCUUUUGCACAGCUUAUUGCCUUCACAAUGUUUGUCCCAAUUGUGCUCAUGAAUUUACUUAUUGGGUUGGCAGUUGGUGACAUUGCAGAAGUCCAGAAGCACGCAUUGUUGAAGAGGAUUGCUAUGCAGGUGGAACUUCAUACCAGCUUAGAGAAGAAGCUGCCACUGUGGUUCCUACGCAAAGUAGAUCAGAAAUCCAUCAUCGUGUAUCCCAACAGACCCAGAUGUACAGGGUUAUUAGCUAUAUUUCAUUUUAUUUUUUAUACCCAAGAAGAAAGGCAGGAAAUUCCAAAUGUUGACACAUCUCUGGAAACAGAAAUAUUGAAGCAGAAAUAUCGGACACUUCUAGUAACCUGGGCCUUCCUGCACUCAGAGACUGAGAAGAUAACUGAAAACAAGUUCAUGAGCCCUGUAUAUCCUUUUAGGCUGAAGGAUCUCACUUCUCUUGUGGAGAAACAGCAUGAGCUUAUUAAACUCAUCAUUCAGAAGAUGGAAAUCAUCUCUGAGACAGAGGAUGAAGACAACCAUCAUUCUUUUCAAGACAGGUUUAAAAAAGAGCAGUUAGAACAAAGGAAUAGCAAAUGGAAUUCUGUGUUGAAAGCAGUAAAGGCAAAAACACACUGCCCUUAGCCUGCAACGGGGCUUCCUAUCGUGGGGGCGGUGGUUUGCAGGACCCUAUUGGGUCUCAUUUCCAGUUUGGAAAGUGAGGAAAAAGUAGAAAUAGGAUUAUGAUUUCAUGAUUUGCAAAAUGGUGGUUCCUGCAUUCUUUGUAAAGAAACUACAUCUUUCUCUCUUUUCAUAUUUUAUGCCAGUUACUAUGUAUAGAGAAUGUCUUUGCUAGCAAGUUCAAGUUGCACUUCACUCCUCAUUAUUUGAAUGGGUAGAAAACUAAUUUGGUAGAACACAAAUUUUAAUAAGAAGUAAAUGCAACUGUUAAAUGUAACACAAAUGUUAAUACUGGAUUCCUGCUUGAUAAUUGUAUAAUAUUCAUAUUACCUGAUUACCUAUUAUAUGAUGUACAAGUACAUCAUAUAAUAAAAUAUUAGGUUAUACCAUUCAGGUACGUGUUUUUGGUGUUGGAAGAACCUGUGUGUGGAACCCUGUGUCCUCUGUUCCAACUAUAAGAAAUUGCCACACCCUUCUUGUUGCUCCUAACAAACCUGAUGUCACUCUGAGUUGGGAUUCAAAUAGACCUUAUGAUAUGCAUGGGUUUUACUAUGGAUAUAGAUAGUAUAUGUUAUUUCUGUAUUUUUGGUUUGCUAAUAAUCAAUCAUAAUAAAUGUAAAGCCUAUAUAGUCACCUCACUGAUAAUUGUGUGAGCUUUUUAUUGCAAUUAGUUUGAGAUUUAUAAAAAUGCUUCCAUCACAUAUGGAAAUAGAGAAACACACUACAAAAAAAAACUAUAGUCCAAUAUAUCUGAUGAACAUAGAUGCAAAAAUCCUCAGCAAAAUGUUAGCAACCCGAAUCCAACAAUACAUUUUUUAAAAAAUCAUAUACUACUAUCAAGUGGGAUUUAUUGCCAGGAUGCAAGAGUUGUUCAAUAUUUGCAGAACAGCCAACAUGACACAUCACAUCAAUAAGAGAAAGGAUAAAAAUCAUAUA